GGGAGAGAGAGGGAGAGAGGGAGAGAGGGAGAGAGACAGAUGCCUGGCCUGGUUUUUGAAAUCCAAAAUAGGUGCAGAAACUGUGCUGGAGGAACAAGAGCACCUCAGAAGGACGAAGUGGAAACAAUAGUUUGUUUCCUUCUCCGUGACUUUGAGGUUUGAAAGACUCGGUUCUGGCAAUGCACACCUUCACCACGAGGAGCUCACCUUCACCACGAGGAGCUCACCUUCACCACGAGGAGCUCAUCUUCACAACGAGGAGCUCACCUUCACCACGAGGAGCUCACCUUCACAACGAGGAGCUCACCUUCACAACGAGGAGCUCACCUUCACCACGAGGAGCUCACCUUCACCACGAGGAGCUCACCUUCACCACGAGGAGCUCACCUUCACCACGAGGAGCUCACCUUCACCACGAGGAGCUCACCUUCACAACGAGGAGCUCACCUUCACCACGAGGAGCUCACCUUCACCACGAGGAGCUCACCUUCACAACGAGGAGCUCACCUUCACCACGAGGAGCUCACCUUCACCACGAGGAGCUCACCUUCACCACGAGGAGCUCACCUUCACCACGAGGAGCUCACCUUCACCACGAGGAGCUCACCUUCACCACGAGGAGCUCACCUUCACCACGAGGAGCUCACCUUCACAACGAGGAGCUCACCUUCACAACGAGGAGCUCACCUUCACCACGAGGAGCUCACCUUCACCACGAGGAGCUCACCUUCACCACGAGGAGCUCACCUUCACCACGAGGAGCUCACCUUCACCACGAGGAGCUCACCUUCACAACGAGGAGCUCACCUUCACCACGAGGAGCUCACCUUCACAACGAGGAGCACACCUUCACCACGAGGAGCUCACCUUCACCACGAGGAGCUCACCUUCACCACGAGGAGCUCACCUUCACCACGAGGAGCUCACCUUCACCACGAGGAGCUCAUCUUCACAACGAGGAGCUCAUCUUCACAACGAGGAGCUCACCUUCACCAUGAGGAGCUCACCUUCACCACGAGGAGCUCACCUUCACCACGAGGAGCUCACCUUCACAACGAGGAGCUCACCUUCACCAUGAGGAGCUCCCUUCACCACGAGGAGCUCACCUUCACAACGAGGAGUAAUCCCUUAAUCAGAGCGUCUCGCCGGGAUUAAACCACAAAAACUCAGCGACCGCCACCGGCAACCUUAACACAUGAAGCAUAGACUUCUAUACAACCAGAGGAGUCGCCCCCUGGUGGUCAUUAGAGA